CACCAACAACAUCCUCGCCGCGUGAAUCACUCUCCUCGAUCAGUCGCACCCUGUCCAUCUGCGUGCCUGCUCAACUUCCAGCGUGUCUGUUCCCCAUAACGUCCAUUGCGCCCGUGAGUCCCUUAGUACGGGGCUGACCACCCCCCGCUCCCAGCCUGCCGCUAAGCGACACGGUUAAGACGACGCUCAACGCUCGAGCUGACCCCGUGAAGCUACCGGACCCUCCUAUACAGCGCCCUCUCCUGCCUUGAAUCGCUCCUCAAUUGCCACACCCGGUAGUUAUCAAGGUCGAUCGGUAUAAACAAUUCCGCCCUGCAUCCUGGCUCUCCUGAAUACAUAGCGUCGCGCUCGCCGCUUUAACAAACCCAUACCUCCUGCUGGUUUGCGGCUGUUCGCUGCACUGGCAUUGAGACAACUGCGUCUAGUGAAUGUGGCUGGUUUGAUCCGUUCCGAGAGCCGACAAUGAAGGGUUUCAGACAGAGAGUACAUGAGCAAUUGUCGAGGGCGAAGGAUGCCAAUAAGUCCUCCAAGAAGUCGAAGGAUUCCUCACACUCAUCUCAAAAUUCGUCCUCCCAUGGAUCUUCCCAUGCACAACAACAGUCCGCCUCACCGAAUCACACUACCCCAACGUCGUCCUCGACAUCGGUGAACGAAAUCAAGGGCAAAUCGGGUACAAUGGACAAUGGCUCGCCGGCUGGAAUGAAUGCCACGGGCAUUGCCCAGCAAGGCGCUGUUCCACAGUAUAUACCACAAGUAGCAGGCGUGGCUGGUCAGCCUGUGAAUAAUGGCCCGUCAACUCCCAGCAAGCAGGGUCAACAGCCGGCACCCCCAAGCUUGAUUAUUAGCCCAAGUGGACCGCAAGUCCCUCUCCCUGGUGCCGCAGAGACGAUGCCGGGUGACUUGGCGCCUCCCAGGAAGUCUCUUAUCUUUGAUCGUUUUCAAGGGACCCCCAAGGAUAUGUCCGAAGGCAUCCGGACCCCGAAGCGCCAGCACUCGUCGCGGUUCGACAUCUCUGACCAACGCCAGAGGGAGCUUGAGAAGCUUCCGGGCUUUCAUGAAGUCCCCCCAAACCGACGCCAAGACCUCUUUAUGCAGAAGAUCGACCAGUGCAACAUCAUAUUCGACUUUAAUGACCCCACUGCGGAUAUGAAAUCCAAAGAGAUCAAGAGACUGGCACUCCAUGAACUCCUGGACUAUGUCGCGAACAAUCGCUCUGUCAUUACCGAGCCGAUGUACCCGCGGGUCGUCGAUAUGUUUGCCAAAAACCUCUUCAGACCUAUUCCUCCGCCUGUAGCUCCCCAGGGGGAGGCCUUUGACCCCGAGGAGGAUGAGCCCGUGCUAGAAGUGGCUUGGCCUCACAUUCAGGUGGUCUACGAGUUUUUCCUGAGAUUCAUCGAAAGCCAGGAUUUCAACACGAACGUUGCUAAGGCUUAUAUCGAUCAUCGGUUUGUUCUGCAGCUACUGGAGCUAUUUGACUCCGAGGAUCCGCGUGAACGAGAUUUCCUGAAGACCACCCUUCAUCGGAUUUAUGGGAAGUUUUUGAACCUACGGUCAUUUAUUCGCCGAUCUAUCAACAACGUCUUUUUCCAAUUCGUUUACGAGACAGAGCGCUUUAACGGCAUCGCGGAGCUUCUUGAAAUCCUUGGAUCCAUCAUCAAUGGAUUCGCUCUGCCUUUGAAAGAGGAACAUAAACUCUUCUUAACCAGAAGUUUACUCCCUCUACACAAAGUUAAGAGUCUCAGCAUGUACCACCCUCAGUUGGCAUAUUGUAUCGUCCAAUUUUUAGAAAAAGACUCUGCUUUGACUGAAGAGGUUGUUCUUGGCUUGCUUCGAUACUGGCCAAAGGUGAACAGCACCAAAGAAGUCAUGUUCUUAAAUGAAGUGGAGGACAUUUUUGAGGUAAUGGACCCUGCGGAGUUCGUCAAAGUCCAGGAACCUCUUUUCCAGCAGCUUGCCAAAUCAGUGGCCAGUCCGCAUUUCCAGGUGCGUGUUCUGUGAAUUCCCACUCCAUGCAAGCGUCCUCCGACUAACGAGUCUCCCACAUGAAAGGUCGCGGAGCGUGCUCUCUAUUUCUGGAAUAACGAGUACUUCUGCAAUCUGGUCAGCGAUAACGUGGAAGUCAUUCUCCCUAUUAUGUUUCCUCCAUUGUAUGAGAACUCCAAAGGCCACUGGAAUAGGACAAUUCAUAGCAUGGUAUACAAUGCCAUGAAAAUGUUCAUGGAGAUCAAUCCUCAACUUUUUGAUGAAUGUUCCCAUGAAUAUAAUGAGCGCCAGAACAGCGCCGAGCAGCGUGAAAAGGCCCGGGUAGACCGGUGGGAUAAACUUGCCGAAAUGGCCAAGGACAGGAAGAAUGGGAUUCCGCCUCCACCUCCAGCCCAUCCUCCAGCUGUUCUGGGACAAGUCGAUGAAAUUGAUGCAUUGGCCGAAGAGAAUGAGACACGGCUUAACUCUUUGAAGAUACAAGAUGAGUCCAGCACAACAAAGGAGAGAAGGAGGCUUCGUGACCUUUCACAGAGUCCGGUAAGUCUUGCUCAAUUGUGACCUUUACAAGUAGUGUCUGGUCAGCGAUGUCUUUAUAUGACAGCCAACGAGUACAAUGCCAGCUCCCUUGUGCCUUGUUUGUGUUUUGCUAAGACGCCAUGGGGUUGUUUGUGUAGUCACCGUGAUUCUAACGUUGAAACGUCCGUUUGCUCCAGAAACACCGCCGUGCAUCAAUUGGUGGUUCCAGAAGGCGACGAAGUGGCAGUGCCGGCGAGACCCGAUUGCGUGGGGAGCGACGACGGUCUGGCAGUGGAUCUGGUGCUGCUAUUGCAUUAUCGCGAAGCAAUUCCACCAAAUAAUGCAAGGAAUACGGGCUGAUAGGCGCUUCUACUUUUUCUCUUUUUUAUUUUUGCGACGAUGGCAUAGCGACUACGAGCUGCGAUGACGAGAACUUUCCCCGAUCUGUUCAUUAUUUCCCUCCAACGCUUUCUCUUCCACCCCACCGGUAAUGGUCCUUUUCUUCUUCCUCCCCUAUGCUACUUUGUGUACAUGGCCUGGAAUGUAUCUCUGCUCGCUGGUGCCUUGAUGAGGCCAGUGAUGAGCGAGCAGAUGUUUUUUCAAGUUGGAUUAUUUAGAAUCGUGUUUUGUUCGGGUAUGGAAAACUGGUGUGAAUGGCGUUUCCAUGCACCGACCGAGAUGUCGGUGAACUCUUUUUUGAGCAUUAAAUCUUCAAGUACCUGCAAUAAAGCCUCGAAUAUCAAAAGCCCCUUCCCGCUGCGGAUUGUACGUACGAUGCUGCAGCUGCACCUUG